GAAGAAAAGAACAUGGCUCCUGCGGCAGAGGGCGGCGGCGCUCCCGGGCGCGCUGGGCGCCAGUGAGCGCCAUGGUUAACUCCAGACGCGUGCAGCCGCAGCCGCCCGGGGACGCGGGGCGCUCGCCCGCGCCGCGAGCGUCCGGACCCGGGCGCCUGGUGGCGGGUGGCGCCGGCCUAGCCGUCCCCGGCGGCCUCGGGGAGCAGCGGGGCCUGGAGAUCGAGAUGGAGCGCAUCCGGCAGGCGGCCGCUCGGGAUCCCCCGGCCGGAGCCUCGGCCUCGCCGUCUCCUCCGCUUUCGUCCUGCUCCAGGCAAGCGUGGAGCCGCGACAACCCGGGCUUUGAGGCAGAAGAGGAUGACGACGACGAGGAGGUGGAAGGAGAAGAAGGAGGGAUGGUGGUAGAGAUGGAUGUGGAGUGGCGCCCGGGCAGUCGGAGGUCGGCCUCCUCCUCCGCCGUGAGCUCGGUGGGCGCCCGCGGCCGAGGGCUCGGGAGCUACCGCGGCGCGGCUCACCUGAGCGGGAGGCGGCGCCGGCUAGAGGACCAGGGCGCGCAGUGUCCCAGCCCCGUGGGCGGCGGGGACCCGCUGCAUCGCCACCUCCCGCUGGAAGGCCAGCCGCCCCGAGUGGCCUGGGCAGAGAGGCUGGUGCGAGGGCUGCGAGGUCUCUGGGGAACAAGACUCAUGGAAGAGAGCAACGCCAACCGAGAGAAGUACCUGAAAAGUGUGUUACGGGAGCUGGUCACUUACCUCUUUUUCCUCAUAGUCUUGUGCAUCUUGACCUACGGCAUGAUGAGCUCCAAUGUGUACUACUACACUCGGACACUGUCACAGCUAUUCAUAGACACCCCAGUGUCGAAAACAGAGAAAACCAACUUUAAAACUCUUUCUUCCAUGGAAGACUUCUGGAAGUUCACCGAAGGCUCCUUCCUGGAUGGGCUGUACUGGAAGGCACAGACCAGCAACCACACGCAAGCUGACAACCGAAGCUUUAUCUUCUAUGAGAACCUGCUGCUAGGAGUGCCGCGUCUACGCCAACUCCGAGUCAGAAACGGAUCCUGCUCCAUCCCUCAGGACCUGCGAGAUGAAAUUAAAGAGUGCUAUGAUGUCUACUCCGUCAGCAGUGAGGACAGAGCUCCAUUUGGACCUCGGAAUGGAACUGCGUGGAUCUACACAAGUGAGAAGGAGCUGAAUGGGAGCAGUCACUGGGGAAUCAUUGCGUCGUACAGUGGAGCAGGUUACUACCUGGAUCUGUCCAGAACCAGGGAGGAGACAGCCGCCCAGCUUGCUGGCCUCAGGAGGAACUUCUGGCUGGACCGGGGCACGAGGGCAGCUUUCAUAGACUUCUCAGUGUAUAACGCAAACAUUAACCUGUUCUGUGUGGUCAGGUUAUUGGCGGAGUUCCCAGCAACGGGUGGCGUAGUACCCUCUUGGCAGUUUCAGCCUGUAAAACUGAUCCGCUAUGUCACAGCCUUUGAUUUCUUCUUGGCAGCCUGUGAGAUCAUCUUUUGUUUCUUUAUCAUUUACUAUGUGGUGGAAGAGAUAUUGGAAAUUCGGAUUCACAGACUGAGCUAUUUCAGGAGUUUCUGGAAUUGUCUGGAUGUUGUGAUUGUCGUGUUAUCGGUAGUAGCCAUGGUGAUUAACAUUUACCGAAUGUCAAAUGCAGAGGGGCUGCUACAGUUUCUCGAAGAUCAAAAUUCUUUCCCCAACUUUGAGCAUGUGGCAUACUGGCAAAUACAGUUCAACAAUAUAGCUGCUGUCAUGGUAUUUUUGGUCUGGAUUAAGCUCUUCAAAUUCAUCAAUUUUAAUAGGACCAUGAGCCAGCUUUCCACAACCAUGUCUCGAUGUGCCAAAGACCUCUUCGGCUUCACCAUAAUGUUCUCCAUCAUCUUCUUGGCAUACGCACAGCUGGCAUACCUUGUCUUCGGCACCCAGGUCGAUGACUUCAGCACUUUCCAAGAAUGUAUCUUCACCCAGUUCCGCAUCAUUUUGGGUGAUAUCAACUUCGCAGAGAUCGAGGAAGCUAACCGAGUUUUGGGGCCACUUUAUUUUACUACAUUUGUGUUCUUUAUGUUCUUCAUUCUUUUGAAUAUGUUCCUGGCGAUCAUCAAUGAUUCGUACUCUGAAGUGAAAUCCGAUCUGGCCCAGCAGAAAGCAGAAAUGGAACUCUCAGACCUUAUCAGAAAGGGCUGCCAAAAAGCACUGGUCAAACUAAAACUGAAAAGAAACACCGUAGAUGCCAUUUCAGAGAGUCUCCGGCAAGGUGGUGGCAAACUAAACUUUGAUGAGCUUCGGCAAGACCUGAAAGGGAAGGGCCAUACAGAUGCAGAGAUUGAGGCCAUAUUCACUAAAUAUGACCAGGACGGCGACCAGGAACUGACUGAGCGUGAGCAUCAACAGAUGAGAGAUGACUUGGAGAAAGAGAGGGAGGGCCUGGACUUGGAACACAGCUCUUUACCACGUCCGAUGAGCAGCAGAAGUUUCCCCAGAAGCCUGGAUGACUCUGAGGAGGAGGAUGACGAAGACAGUGGCCAUAGCUCCAGGAGGAGGGGAAGCAUCUCCAGUGGGGUUUCCUAUGAAGAGUUCCAAGUACUGGUGAGGCGCGUGGACCGCAUGGAGCACUCCAUUGGCAGCAUCGUUUCCAAGAUUGACGCUGUGAUUGUCAAGCUGGAGAUCAUGGAGCGGGCCAAGCUGAAGAGACGAGAGGUGUUAGGACGGCUGCUGGAUGGUGUGGCUGAGGAUGCGCGACUGGGUCGGGACAGUGAGAUCCACAGAGAGCAGAUGGAGCGCCUGGUGCGGGAAGAGCUGGAGCGCUGGGAAUCGGAUGAUGCAGCUUCGCAAACAGGUCAUGGUGUAAGCACACAAGUGGGACUCGGUGGCCAGCCGCACCCCAGAAACUCGCGCCCUCCUUCCUCCCAGUCUGCAGAGGGCCUGGAAGGUGGAGGUGGAAAUGGAAGUGCCAACGUCCAUGCCUAAUAAUCCACACGUGUUUGUGUGUUCCUGAGACACUGAGAGGUGGCUGUCCAGUACGACAAGGAUAAGUUCGGUAUUUAUAUACCCCGGCUGCAUUAUGAUGCUGGUCUUUGUGACCAAUUGUUAUAAUUUUCUGCACUUUAAUUUAUUUUCCGUAAACUUAACCCGUGGUUCAAGGAAGGUUGUCUUACUUUUCUCAUGUGAGAAAUCUAGAUGUAAAUAUUGAGUUCAGAAAGAAGAAAACUUUGAAAGUACGCUGAGUUGUGCCCUGCCCGUGUCUUCAGGUGACAGUGUUUGGAAGUUAGAGGAGAGCCUUCACUAGUCUCUGAGUUUGUGUGGAGCCACCACUUUCUGCUGCAUUAGUCCAGUGCGAGAUGCUAAGGAAAAACGUGACAUUUCAUUCCACUGAGGUGUAACUCGGAGCUUACUGCAUAUCUUUCUUCUAAGGAAGGAGUCGUAUUUCAGCAACCUUUCUGGGGUGCAGAGAAAGGGUAUGUAUGUAGCCACUGUGCUAAAAUGUGCGUGAACAGUUGAGAUAGAUGCUAAGCGCCAUACCAGUUUGUGGCACUAAGCAUAUCAUUUAAUUUUUGUGUUAUUUAGCUUUUGUUUCAGAUUUGGCAAGGAAAGCUCAAAAGAUAAAUUGUAAGAUAAAGUGUAGGAUUGGAGCCCGGCGGUGGUGGUGCACGCCUUUAAUCCCAACACUUGGGAGGCAGAGGCAGAUGGAUUUCUGAGUUCGAGGC